CUGGAGUACAAAUAGGUUGUUCUCAAGAAGUUUUCCUGUGCACGCGCUUUUUGUGUCUUCAGGCUUGUCGCACGGCAAAAUCAUGAUACCUCAGCAACCCUAACCUACAAUGGGUUACAAAUGUACAUAUUUGCUAUGUAAGCGGUCGUGAGCGGUCGAGCAACACGAGCGGCGUUGUCCUUGUGGAGUGCAAAGCGCGCGCAAUUUGUCAAAUAUGUGGUCUUUAUAAGCGACUGGGCUUGGCCGUUUGUUAUAACUCGCGAAAUUGGCGACGCAAUUCAGAUUCAAGGGGGAUGUCCAGACGUUAUCGUUCUAUCGCGGAGCAACUACUCGGCCUUCCAAGGACCUCCCGCUCUCAUAGCACCUGUGCUGACAAUCCACUGGGGAUAGCCCGGCCUGCGCGACGGGCUAAAAAGACAGAGACGCUUGAUGACUGGGUAAAGCCCCGCCCGCCCAAGCGGCCUCGGAAGCGUCCCGGCAGGGAGUACUACGAGGAACUCAGUCGCUCAACCGCUGCCAAUGCAGCAGCGCGUGCCGCAGCAGCUAAGCCUCCUAGAAAAGUUGAUCCUGAUUUGCCUGCUCCAACCAUCGAGAACGCCAACGAGCUGCUGCUACCACCUCAUGACGGGUUCGACAAACCUGAUGUCAACCAACAUUGGCAGGAGCAACCACCCCGCCCACAACCCCAGGGGGGUCGGCCAUUGUCCUGGAAGGAAGCUGGGCAGCAGCCUGAAACGGAGGAAUCUGACGAAGGCCAGAGCAGCGGAGAGGAGGAGGAGGAGCCCAUGGCACUCGAUGAGGUGUUUGAGCCCGUGUUUGAGGUCGGGGGAGAGCCCCUCGAUGUGGAGGGAGACGGGGUGCCCUGGGUGGAUGUCUCUUGUGUAUGGAGACUGUGUACUGUGGACUUCCACGUGCUCGAUGAAGUGUUUGAGCACGUGGGGCGCCCGACAGCCAGCCACUCGCUCAUCGGAGGCCGGAAGUGCGCCAGCGUCUCUCACUGCAGACAGACAGACAGGCUCUCCCUAUACCUGUUUACAGUGCCGACCCCUCCCCAGUACAGCCACACUCUUGCCGCCUAGAGAAAGAAGAGACCGACUUAUCAGCCAAAUCAGACAAAAAACAAAGAAGAAAUAGUCACGGGAAUCUGUACGAACCUUCUCGUCCCGUACAUAUAGACCCAAUAUCACGCAAUAACAACAGCAGGAAAAGGAGGUGUGCAGAUGCUCAGUACCAGCUCAGUAAAACCCAUUCCGUCAGAACCGCAUCCUUCAUCGCGGUUCAAUCGGAUUCAAUCAAAGCAAGCGAGCUUCGCUGCCGGGCGCCGCUUAAUUUCAAGACAUGUCGUACGCUCGCCACCGCAUAUCUCGUACAUCUCACAUCCCUCACCCUCGCCCUGCAUCACCUCACCUCUCAUCAAAGCUCAUCAAACAAUCCAAUCACCAAGGAUCAGAUCCAAAAUCUGCUUCGGCCCCGUCAUCAUCAUCAUCUCUCCUUCUAGGUCCAUAACUCGCAUCAGAAGCGUUGCACCACCUGCCGUACAAGUACGAGCGCAAAAGGCCACCAACUCCGCCUCUCUGCCCUCCCCUUCCCUUGGCAGCAGCUUCACUCGUUCGUGGUUCGUCUUCCCCUCCCCUAUCCUCUACGUUGGGCCGAGCUGCACAUUGGCCCCUCCGCCAGCUGACGGCGGGGCGGCAGUAGCAGUACCGGCACCGGUCGCCAGAGA